AGUGUGUAUACAUAUAAUAUAGGAUUAUGAUCGUUCUUGUUUUCUAAUGGUGUUCUUUUUGUCUGGGGUGAGUUGCACAGUAAUAACCCCUUAUUAAAAAAAACACGCAUAUGUUUUAUAUUGCAUUCAUGUCAGACAUAUGUCCUAGAUCAUCUUAAUUAGGAGUGUAUUAUUCCUAACUCGAGAUUACAUAUUUAAGUAUUUUUUAAAAAGUUUAUAUAUCGGUGUUGUGUUUAAGGUAACCGUUACUCUGUAUUUCAUCUUAUGGGGAACAAUACAGGAUACAUGUAAUAUUAUUAUGUCUUUAUCGUCUUUUGGGAAGGGUGUAUUGUUACUGUUAAAUCCCUCGCUUUGAAUGACAUUUAGAUGACGUGGAGCCGUGUACUUUAUCAAUAGCGCUGCUGAGAGCUGGUGGAGUAUCAAUGAUGAAGCUGUUGAUGAUAGGAAGGCUGACAGCAGCAGCUAUGAUACGUAAACGUUAGGGUGUCUCGGGUGCCCCCCACUGAAGUAGUGCAUUGUGGGACAGCAGCAGGAGAAGGCAGUAGUUCCGUAUUUGGGAUUUCUCCUGCUAGCUUCUGGAAUCGCAUCUAUACAGCCUCCGUGGACGGGAUGGAGGAGAAAGGCGGUCCGCCGUACUGAUGUUACCCGCUGAAAGGACCGCACGGCUGCUACAUUUUUAGGUGGAUUAUGCACACUUCAACUCUGCUGCCUUCCAGCACCAAUCAAGCCUUAUGGAAUAUUCAUUAACCACCGAUGACUUUCCAGCGGGAUCCGUGUUUACAGCAACAGCACAGUUUGCCGAAUAUUAGCUUCCUUAAAGCCUCUCCUUAAUCAGUAUCGCUUUUUGUGCAAGGCAUAUUACAACUGCACUCCUUUUUUGUUUCACUAUCCUCAACUUCUCUUCCUUCGCUAAAGUUUGACCCCUUAUCAUGAGAUUCCGAAUCUACAAGAGGAAGGUGGUGAUACUGACUCUGGUGGUUGUUGUCUGUGGCCUGGCUUUUUGGAGCAGUGGAAGACAGAAAAAGAAUGACAGCGGACCAUUCCUCAAGGAGGUCGACGUAGUAAGGAGAAGCAGUAGCAUGAGCAGUAGCAGCAGCAGUAGCAGCCUCAACAACAAACAUAUACAGGUACAAGCUUCACCGGCAGUCAGCAGGGCACCUGCUCCUCCUCCUGUUGUACAGGCAAAUGAAACGCAUCCAGAAAAAGCAAAGGACAACGAGAAGCUUUCCAAGCCAGAUGUAGAUAACACGACUUUAGUUUACCGUGGUAUUGUCUUCCAGCUAAAUUUUGAUCAAACGAUACGAAAUGAGGACAAGUUUAAAAACUCCAGGCAAAAAGACGAUCUAGUUGUGGUUGUCCAGGUCCACAAUCGACCAGACUACCUUAAGUUAUUAGUGGACAGUCUGCGAAAGGCCAAAGGUGUAGAAAGCAUACUGCUGAUAUUCAGCCACGACUACUGGUCUCCUGAGAUCAAUAAAGUGGUGGCUUCUGUUGACUUCUGUCAAGUGCUUCAAAUUUUCUUCCCCUUCAGUAUCCAGCUGUAUCCACACGAGUUUCCUGGAAAUGACCGUAACGAUUGCCCCAGAGACAUUCCCAAAAAAGACGCCUUAAAAUUGGGUUGCAUCAAUGCAGAAUAUCCCGACUCCUUUGGUCACUACCGCGAGGCUAAGUUUUCCCAGACUAAGCAUCACUGGUGGUGGAAGCUGCACUUUGUAUGGGACAGGGUUCGGGUCCUGAAGGACCAUAAAGGUUUGGUCCUGCUGAUUGAAGAGGACCACUAUUUGUCACCGGAUUUUGUUCACAUCUUAAAACUGAUGUCAGUGCUAAAAAGAGAGCAGUGCUCAGACUGUGACAUCCUCUCAUUGGGAAGCUACAGCCACAUCGGCUACUCCAGCAAAGCGAACAAGGUCGAGGUGAAGGCCUGGAAAUCGACAGAGCACAACAUGGGGAUGGCUCUGAGUAGGGAGACAUACCAGAUGCUUUUCAAGUGCACUGAUACUUUCUGCACUUACGAUGACUACAACUGGGACUGGUCCUUGCAACAUCUGACCGUAUACUGCUUGCCCUCCUACUGGAAAGUGAUGGUGAGUGAGGCACCAAGGAUCUUCCAUGCGGGAGACUGCGGCAUGCAUCACAAGAAGACUUCCUGCAUGCCCAUCAGCCAGAAAAACAAGAUCGAAAACAUCCUUCAGAGCAGCGCAAACCAGCUGUUCCCAAAGAACCUCCUGAUUACAAAGAGACUGCCAGCCAAUGGGGUUGGAGGAGUGGCACCACAUGUUAAAAACGGAGGCUGGGGAGAUAUCAGGGACCAUGAACUCUGCAAGAGUUAUGUACGAUUACAGUGACCUUAAUGAAUUGCUAUUAUUAUAUAUUAUCGUCUUUUUUGCAUCCUCUAUAAGAAAAAAAAAGCCUUUUAAAAGUGAAUCUUUAUGGAAUAUUCUUCAUAUUGCCUGUUUUAUUGGACUGUUCUAAAUAAAUACGAAUGUUGGAUUUUUGCUUCUUUAACAAGAA